AAGCAUAUUAUAUUCCAGUAAUUCAUCUUGUUUGGUGCAAACGUGUGCGCUAUUGGUAAAUGAGGGUCACACAGCCUAAAUGUAUAGUUGAUAUGUAGUAUUAUUAGUAGUAUAAUUUUCUUUAAUUAACGCUCACAACGAUGACAUUUAUUGAUAUAUAUGGAAGUAUUAUACCCGUAUGAAUUUUUUAAUGAAAAUUGCGUCAUAUUGGACUGGGCAUGACAUAUUAUUGGGUUUGUGGAAAGUCGUCAUCAAAAUUAGGUUAUUCCUACUCAAUUAAAUUUUCGGAUGCGUUGACGAAGAACGAAUAUUACGAAUCUGAAACAUCUGAUCAAUCUCGUAAGGCUACAAGGGAAGGCAUUGCAACAGCGAGGUCAAUGCUUUUUGCACUCGAAGAUCUUAUGAGUUCUUCAGAAGCGUUGAUAAUUGCUAAAACGUUUGGAUUAAGUCAAAAACAAAUUAAUUCUAUCAAGAAACGCUGCAAAGGAAAUCCACAAGAAUUGACAAAUCAAAUCCUGGAGGAAAUCACUAUAAUGCAAAAAGAAAAAAUGUCACCUUCAAAUGUACUCAAUGCUUUGAUAUCAACUGGAAAUACAACAUUUGUCGAUGUCGCCUUAAAAUGUCAUGAAAAACAUUUCUUUAAAAAUUCAACUCAAAUGACGAAGCACGAACGAAGUCAAGCAAAUUUGAAGCCAAGAAAAAGAAAGUUUGUCGUGACAAUAUAGCCACCAUUUCAGCCAAGCAUGGGAGCAAUUCGGUGCGAUCGAUUUAGGUCAGGUUUUCAAGUUCGGAAAUCUUCUUGUUGGUAGUUUUCAAAAUCACAAUUGCAAAAUCAGUACAAACAAAUUGAGCAAGAUUGAGAAAACCGUGUGAUGGCCAUGUGCUUAUGACAUUGGUCACACAGUUGACGAUCCAUCAGAUAACAAUCGCAGAAGACUUACAAUACGUGUCUGAAAACACACUUCUAGGUCAAAUGAAAUGAAUCAUCGCUUUAGGCAUGGUUUUGUUUACGUAGCUAAACAUGUUAGUACGGUAUAUAUAUUAGGUGUAUAAGGAAAAAACAAAAACUUGGA